UCAACUUUCAGUAAAGCCAUCACCUCAAGGUCUGCAAGCAAGUGCUCCCAAUGCUCUUAUUUGUAGAUAUUUCACUAAUUCAUAAUGUUGAAUUAUUUCAUCUUCAAGCUAUCUUCCAUACUUGACCUUGAAAUAGUAAACUUAUCUCAGCCUGCUGAAAAUAUUAUUCCUCAACAACCCCAUCAUUGCUUUUCCUAAUCUUAGCAUGACAGUAUUAGUCACUCUACAUUGUGAAUAUUACCUUAAAUUCAACCAUGAUUAGGAAUCCAGAUCUCCAGAGCUUUGUUUGCUGUGCAGUGUGUAAUAAAAUAAUACCACCACCACCUUCUGGGGAAGCUUUCCACCGGAUCCAAGAAUACAAACCAUUUAAGACAAGGUUUUUAACUCAUAAGGAUAUACUAGAUUUUGGCAUCAAGAUUCAUCAACAGGAAGAAAAAAGACAACUUAUUAAAGUGGAAGAAUUACUUAAAAUAGCACAGGAUGAAGUAUGGGCUAAGGCUGAGGCUAUGACAGAUGAGGCUGUGAAAAAAGCAAUCAAGAAAGUCAAAGCAAAACACCUGGAAGAAAUAGAAGUUUUAAAGGAAGAACAUGAGCAAAUAUUGAAGCAAGCAGUGAAAGAAGCUAGAAAAGAGGUGAAAGAGUUCAUGGAAGCAGAAAUGAGAAGAGAAAACCUGGCUGCUGAACAGCGCAUGGUUCAUAGAAUCCAGAAGAUUCUGAAGGAGUGCCAUACUGAAAAGAUUCAGGCAAUAGAAACGGUCAGAGCUGAAGAACAAGAAAUGGCUAUGGAAGCACUAAAAGAACAGAAGAGGAAAAAUGAGGAGAAAAUUAUAGAAGCUGGAAUUCUUUCUCACAAGAAUCUUGAAAAAAGUAUAAAAGAAGUUGCCAAAGCCACAGAGCACCAGAUGAAUAUCAAUUUUAGCCUCAGCCAAAAGAAGAAGGAAGAAGAAGUGAAUGAAGUGCUGAAUGAGGCGGAGAAAGUACAUAGGGCUUCCAUAAAGAAAGUUGCCAAAAAACUGACGGUUAUUGAAGGUGAGCUGCAGGAGAAGACUGAGCAGCUGGAGAACAUGACCCACUGGAAGGACUUCCUGGAGGAGGAGCUCCUGGAAACCCGUGAGGCAUUUCAGAAAUACAUCAAUUUUACAUAUCCUACACUUUCACCAGGGCAAGCAGAUUUCAUUCUACCACUAAGAAAGAAACCACCCAGUGACUUAGAGGAAUCCAUUGCAGUCACUGAAGAAGUCCCCAUUGGAGAGGACUCUGAAAAGUCUGAAACAUCUAAAACAUUUGAAAAGUCUGAUAAGUCAAGUUUUCUUUCACCCACCCAAUAAAUUCAUUCAAUAAGUUUU